AUGACGGCAUUGAAUAUCGCGUUCGUACAUCCUGAUUUAGGAAUAGGGGGAGCAGAACGACUUGUCGUCGAUGCAGCGAUCGGAUUACAGUCCCGCGGCCAUAAAAUCGCAUUCUACACAUCGCAUCACGAUAUCGAUCACUGCUUUGAUGAGACUCGAGAUGGAACAUUAAAAGUAGCCGUAUUCGGUGACUUUCUACCACGCUCCAUCCUAAAACGUGGUCAUGUGGUGUUUGCAAUGAUACGAUCCUUGUAUCUUGCAAUGAUCAUGGUGUUGCUUCAGCCUCGUUACGAUGUGAUUUUCGUGGAUCAGGUAUCUGCCAGUAUUCCUAUAUUGAGGCUGACUGGAUCUAAGAUUCUGUUUUAUUGCCACUUCCCAGACAAGCUAUUGAGCACUCGAGAGAGCUUGGUUAAGAGGAUUUAUAGAGCUCCUGUGGAUUACGCUGAAGAACUGACCACUAAAAUGUCGGACGAAAUCCUCGUAAACAGCGCCUUCACAGCAUCAGUCUUCAAAACAUCCUUCCCACGAAUACGGAAAUCACCAAGAGUGUUACAUCCUGGACUUCAAGUUAAUGCAUAUAGACAAGAAAUUGAUUUGGAUGAUGUGUCUGUGAAGCCUAUCAUAUCAGACAAAAUCACAUUCCUAUCGAUAAAUCGAUUUGAACGAAAGAAGAACUUGGCUUUGGCUAUUCAGGCUUUUGCUGAAGUUUGCAAGUUGUUUGAAAAGGGGAAGAUGAGGCUUCUUAUGGCAGGAGGUUAUGAUCCUCGCGUCACGGAAAACGUAGAAUACAUGGCUGAAUUAGAAGCUCUUGCCAGACAACUGAGUCUCACUACACACACGCUCACAUCACCUAAUUUGAAAGCAAUACCAGCCAAAGAUACAAACAUCCUCUUCCUCCCGUCCUUCACACACGCCCAGCGCACAUACCUCCUAAACACCUCAACAUGUCUCCUCUACACACCCCAAAACGAACAUUUCGGAAUCGUGCCACUAGAAGCAAUGAUAUCAUCCCUCAUAGUUAUAGCGUCAAAUACAGGUGGUCCGAAAGAAUCCGUUGUGGAUAACGUUACUGGGUAUCUUGUUGAUGAUACGAUAUCUGGGUUUGCUGAUGCGAUGGGGACAGUGCUUGGCAAGUCGGUUGAUGAGAGGAGGGAGAUGGGAAGGAUGGGACGUGAGCGUGUUGAAGAGUUGUUUUCGUUGAGGAGGUUUACGGAUAUGCUGGAAGGGGUGCUGAGGGAUGUGUGCGAUGGGAGGUGUGGGGAUGAAGCAAUACCACUGGUCACGCAAUGGCUUCCAUCUGACAGCCAGCCAAGUCGUCUUUUUCGUUCAAUUGUGGAUGACGUUACUGGAUAUCUUGUUGAUACGAUAUCUGGGUUUGAUGCGAUGGGGACGGUGCUUGGCAAGUCGGUUGAUGAGAGGAGGGUUGGGUUUAGAGUCACCGUUACAGUUAUAAUAUGUACUGCACGAGAUUUCUCGCUCCUAAGUGUGCUCAAUGUGACCUUCGAAGAAAACAGUCUGGAAAAAAAGGCAAAAAAGGACACAAUAUGCAGGUAUCGAUCCAUGUGA